AUGUAUUUUUUCCCUAGAUGUAGUGAUUAUCUUCACCUCUUUCUGAACCUGGAGCGGGGUGAGGUCAACGAAAACAGUGACUACGACAUCGAACUCUGUGGCAACAUCUCAACCUUAAAUCAGAAGACAUACUACUCACGGGGUCGCAGUCUCGUCCUCGAGUUCCAUUCUGAUCCUACGAAAAAUUUAACUUUUACAGGAUUUAAAGGAAUAUUCAAAUUUUUAGAUGCACGUGACUUUGUGAGUUCAUGCCAAAAAGAACUAGGAACCCAGUGUUCCUAUACCUGCCCUAGUAACCCUGGUAACAGUAUAGGCAACAACAAAUUUUUUUCGCCACGGUUUCCGCAGAAUUACCCGCACUCAUCCACAUGUCAUUAUCAGUUCCUAGGACAGGAGGGAGAAAAAGUUCGGAUACAUUUCCAGACAAUACAGCUCUACAACAAUGAAAAUUUACCGUGUGACAAGGCUAAAGAUUACAUAGAGGUGCAUGAUGGUCUAGAUCGUACACAUCCCACGAUUCGCCAGUACUGUGGGACGGGAGGAGUUGAGAGUCGCGUAGUCACAUCAAAAGGACCAUUCAUGUUUGUCAUCUUCUCAUCAAACGACUUCAACCAUCAAAAGGGCUUCGUAGCAUCGUAUGAUUUCAUCUCCAAACAUACCACACUACCAUACACAACAUCUCCUUAUCAAGAUGAUGCUAUCGUCGGCGAAGAGUCUGAGGGUGCUGUGUUUGAUGUAGUCUGCCUGAGUGCCUCCCAACUCCUACCUCACCCCCACCCACAAACCCAACCUCACCCCCACCCACACCCCAACCUCACCCCCAACCUCACCCCCACCCACACACCCAACCUCACCCCCACCCACACACCCAACCUCACCCCCAACCUCACCCCCACCCACACACCCAACCUCACCCCCAACCUCACCCCCACCCACACACCCAACCUCACCCCCACCCACACCCCAACCUCACCCCCACCCACACACCCAACCUCACCCCCACCCCCACCUCCAGCCUCACCCCCACCCACACCCCAAACCUCACCCCCACCCACACCCCCAACCUCGCCCCCACCCACACCUCCAACCCACACCUCCAACCCUCCCUCAGGUGUUUUCCUGCCAAGUCCAGUAUCACCUCUCCUUUAA